UAUGGCAUCAUUAGCUGCUGUAGUCUACAUCCGUGUUUCGAAGACUGUAAGGAGAGCGUUAUGCAUAACUUGCAGGUCUGAUCCACCAGGCCUGAGGUCAGAAAUGCCUCAAGAAAGAUGCAGGAUUUGUCGGCCAUGAACCAGAAGAUCUUGCAUGCUGAAAAAGAAAGGAGUAUCAGGACAGGAGCAGUAGUUCAUGGAAGACAAGAAAAGGAAGAAAGACGAGAAAAGGAAAAGGGAAGCCUCUCAGAAGGUCACAGAACAAAAAAACAAAGUGCCAGACUUGUCUAAGCCAGUGUCUACCCAGUCUCCUGCCACUCAGAGCAGCUCUGCCUCCCCCAGCCCUGGACCCACCCCCUCUGCCUCUCCAUCCCCAGCCACCUUGGGCCCUGGCAGUGCUGCCAACCCGUCUCAGGGUGGCAACAAUGCCAAGCGCCUGGCGGUGGCCAACGGACAACCCACCUCCAACACCAUUUCUUCUUCCACCGCUGGCGGCCCCAGUGCUGCUGGAAACAGCAGUACUAGUAGCGGAGGCGGUGCCCAGGCGCCUCAGCAGCAACCGCGCUACAUGCCGAGAGAAGUGCCGCCACGAUUCCGCUGCCAGCAGGACCAUAAAGUGCUACUGAAGAGGGGUCAGCCGCCACUGUCCUCCAUGCUGCUGGGAGGAGGAGGAGGGGAUGGCCCCAAUGCAAACAUGGCUGCUGUCUCAGAUUCAGGUGCAGCUGCCUCCUCAUUGGCCCUCACCUCAUCAUCAGUUGCUGCUUCUACUACUACUUCUAAUUAUGCAAAUUCCAUGUGGGGGACGAGCUCAGGCAGCCAGGCCUCCUCUCAGGGCAGGGAGAAGGUAAUUGUCGAUGGCAACGACCUGGAGGAGUGGCCUAGCAUUGGUGGAAGUGAUGGGGCAGGAGCUUCUUUCACUGGGACUGGAGGGGGCAGCAGCAACAACGGAAUGCCUGUGAACAGCAUUAGUGCCUCUGGCAACCAAUCCUCACCCACUUCCUCGUUCUCUUUGCCCAAUGAAUGUAUGCAGUCGUCCAAUGGCGUUGCGUGGGGGAUGGCUGCCUCCCAGGGUCAUCUUGGAGGAGGGAAUGCAGUAGCUGGGCCUCUGCUACAACAGCCCUCUUCACUUUCCAAAGCCUCCACUGUGCCAGGAAGCCAUGAUGCCAGUGGCCCCGUCGAUGGCAGCAGUGGUGUUACAGGUGCCAAUUUCAAUCCAAAUGCCAACCCUUCGGCCUGGCCUGCCCUGGUGCAGCAGGAUGGGCCUGCUGCUGCAGGAGAAGGAGGUUCGUCUUCCUUCCAUCACCAGGGCCCUGGAGGGUCUUUGUCUGCCAACAGCUCUGCUUCCCUGGGCCUUGGGCUGGGAGGCGGGGCAGUAGGGGUGCUGGGGGGUCACCCACCUUUAUCUGUGAAUCAAUCAAGCCCCCAUCAGCGCCAACUUCACCAAAUGCAAUCCAGAGACAGAGAGAUUGGAGGGGGGAAAUGGGACAGUGAAUCAGCGGGACCAAAAAAUGUAGGGGGGGAAGGUAUUGGGGGAGGAAUGGACCGUGGUGUAGGAGGUGAGAUGAGUGUGGGAGACCACAACCUUGUCUCCUCUUGGAGAGGCCAGCCUUCUUACCCUUCAACUAACUCCAAAACGGGUGCCUCAAGGACUGAUGGUUGGGAGGGUGGAGGAAGUGGUGCAGGGGGCUUCGGAGCUGCUGAAGGAGAUAAUGGGACCUCUGGUUGGGGGUUUCCAAAUUCCACUAGUGGGGUUAAUGCAUGGGGCAGUGCUGGAACUGGGGGAAACGGUAGUCAAACCUCCGGGGUAUCUCAGGGAGGGUGGGGGUCAUCAGGAGUGGACAGAGGUGUUACAAGUGGUGAUUGGGGUAGCAACUCCACUGGUAUUGGUGGAGCGAAUCCUGGAGGCGAGGGAAUUGGUGGAGCUUGCAGCAGUAACAGCAGCAGUAGUGGGGGCAGCACAGCAGGCAACCCCCCUGCUGCCUCCUCUUCUUCCUCAACCACCACUACUAUGACCAGAGCCUGGGACAAUCAGAAGGGAGAGGGUGAAACAGGGGAAUGGGGUGGGGGAGUGGAGGGACAGGGAGCACAGGGAGGAUCUUCAUCCAGCGGGGGAAAUUCCAGAUGCGGAAGCAGCAGCAGUCAAAGUCGUUCACGCCGCCCAGCACCUAACGCUGAAGCUGCCUUACAGAACCUGCUCAGUCGGUCUGAUCUGGACCCUCGGGUUUUGUCCAACACAGGCUGGGGCCAAACACAGAUCCGUCAAAACACAGCCUGGGAAAUUGAAGAACAUGGGCAGAGUAAAGGUGGAUCAUCAUCAGCUACAUCGAAACAACCAUCUUCUCUUGGUGGUUCUUCUCAGUAUCCUGGAACCAGGACCCAAAUCACUGAAUCUAUGGGUCCAGGGGUAGGUCCUUCCCUGGUUCCCUCUGCUGGGUCCUCAGGAGAAGGCUGGGAGAGCAGCAGCAACAGUAGCAGUAGUGGGGCCUCUUUGUCUGGGAGAGCCCCGCCAUCUUCAGGUCCCAACAUGAGGAAUCUUGGCGUCUCACAAUCUGGGCCAGUGACCACAACAGGACCUGGUAUGGGGUCUGGGGUUAUUCAAGGACACAGCCAGCAGGGGAAAACUGCAGGCUGGGGUGGAGGAGGGAUGGGGGCAGGAGACAGCCAGGAGUCUAAAGGUUGGGGUAAUGAGGAAUGGAGAGACAGUGGUAGAGGAGGAAAUGGAGAUGGAUGGGGUGAUCUUGGCCAAAAAGGUGACUCAAUGAGCGGUGGCUGGGGAGGAAGUCAGGAAGAGAAAGGGACAGGGGGCUGGAAAGAAAUGGGAGGGAAUGGAGGAGGGUGGGGAUCAGGACAGAAGGUAGGGGCAGGUAGGGACUGGGGAGAGCAACAGUCCAAAUCAAAUAGUGGAGGUGGAUGGGAGGAUGAGCGAAACAAUGGAGGAAACUCAGGUGGGGAUUCAGGUGGGGGUGGUUGGGGAAGUUGGGAUGAUGGCACUCCCCGGAGAACCUGGGGAGCAGGGGGCACAGGGGGAGGAGGUAGUGGUGGAGGGGGGUUGGGUGUUGUUGGGAGCAUGGGAUCCAAGCCCAAUCAAGGCUGGAGUGGAGGAAACAAAAUGCACCAGAUGCCAAACAGCCAGCAGGGCUCUAUCACAGGCCCGCAGGCACAACUGCAACAGCAACAAUCACAGCCCCGCAAUCAGCAUCCACAGCGACAGCAAACGAUGGACCAAGGGGCUAUGCAAGGGGGUGGCGGGAGGAAACCAAUCUCUCAAGCCCAGAAUCAGAACCAAAGCUCAGGCUGGACCUCGGGGCCUAUCCCUGGGGGUUCUGGAGGAAGUGGAUCUGAACCAAGUGGAUGGGAGGAACCUUCGCCGCAGUCUAUAAGCAGAAAGAACGAGAUAGACGAUGGAACAUCAGCAUGGGGAGACCCAACCCAUUACAACUACAAGCCGGUCAACCUGUGGGACAAGAAUAGUGCCACUGCUGGCCAGCAGCCUCAUGGCCAGGCUCUGACACAACAACAGCAACAACAACAACAACAACAACAGCAGGCAUCUCCAAUACAGCAACAGCCUAGCAGGCAGGCUGCAGGGCUUGGAGGGAGUAGAGACUUCAACAGUGGCCAUGGACCUACAAAAACUUCAUCUGUUGGUCCUUCAGGUUGGGGCGGUACUUCACCAACUAGUCCUACAGUGGACAAUGGCACGGCAGCUUGGGGAAAGCCUACUGACGCCCCCACAGGCUGGGGAGAUCCUGACGACGCUGGAGCGAAGACUACAGGAUGGGGAAACCCUUCUCCCAACCCCAUCAAAUCUGGUUCGAAGUCUAUGCAAGAUGGCUGGGGUGACAAAGAGAGCUCUGUUGCUGCCUCGCGUCACUCAAGUUGGGAAGAUGAGGAGGAGGGAGGUGGCAUGUGGAAUAGCACUGGCUCCCAGGGAAGCAGCUCGUCUUGGGGACAGGGAAGCAAUGGGGGCUGGGGACAGGGUCAGGGUGGGAAGAAGCCCAGCAGCAAGGGUCAACUGAAAGCUGGCGGAGACUCAUGGAUGAGCCCCAUCAACAGACAGUUCUCUAACAUGGGACUACUGAAUGAUGAUCCCAGUGGCUCAAACAUGGAUCUGGCCCCGGGUUCUCUUCAGGAGAAGAAGAUUGAUGUGGAUAAAAGAGGAAUGAUGAACGAUUACAAUGGAGAUUUAAGGAAAGGCGGAAGAGGAGGAGGAGCAAUGGCUUAUCGUCAACCUGGUUCCAAAGAGGCAGUACCUGGGGAUCCUGGCUCCUACUAUGACAAGACCUUGCCUUUGACCAAUCAAGAUUGGUGCCUUGGGGAGGAGGGUCCAUACUCUCUGUACUCACCACCCACUGUCUACAAGCCCCAUUCCCUCUUCAACCACACUGUUCCCUUUAGACAAGGCAGCCACAGUAUCUUUGGCGGUGGAGGAGGGAUGGCUCCGUCAAGACACCAGCCAAGUGUCCCACCCCUAAACCAGUCCCCAGGGAUACGAGCGCAAGUGCCUCAUCAGUUCCUGUCACCUCAGGUGCCAGGCUCUGUGCUGAAGCAGAUGCCCCCUCCAAGCGGGAGUGUAGGGGGUGUCGGCAGUGUGGGAGGGGUGGCAGGACUGGGGGGAGGUGUGUUCCCUCCGCAGCUGUCCCCCCAGCAUAUUGCCAUGCUCAGCAGCAUCUACCCACCUCACAUCCAGUUUCAGCUGGCUUGUCAGCUCCUCCUCCAGCAGCAACAGCAGCAGCAGCCACAGCAGCAGCCACAGCAGCUCUUGCAAAACCAGAGAAAGUUCACACCCAAUGUGCGGCAGCAGGCUGACCCUCAGCAGCUGGCCAGGAUCAUGGCAGUGCUCCAGCAGCAGAGGCAGCAGCAGGUUGGGGGUUUAGGUGGCAGCUCCAAACUCUCCCCCUCCCACCAUGGUGGAGGGGGUCCUAAACUGCCUGGGGCUGAUCCCCUGCCCCAUCCAGGCCUGGCAGGAUCUAUGGCUGACCUGCACCAGAAAAAUCUUGGACCCUACUCUGGUUUUGGUUCUGGAGUUAACCUCCCUGGUCUGGACCUGGGCGGCUCUGUGGUAGGGGGACCUGGGGGCAUGAAAGACCCAGGGGGUCAGAAGUCCAGAUUCAAAUGGAUGAUGGAGGGGCACUCUUCUCCUGAUGCCUCAUCACCAGAGAACGCAUUCCACAAAAAUGGUCCUGUCACCCCUAUGAAGAUGCCCGGGGGCUCGCCCUACUCUCAGUAUGACAUGAUGGUGGGAGAUGGGCUCAGUGACAACUGGCAUCGUACUCCAGGCAACAAGAUGGGUAACAAGCCCACCACCACGCCCAGCUGGCCCCCUGAGUUCCAGCCUGGCGUGCCCUGGAAGGGAAUCGACCGUGUCGACCCUGAAUCUGACCCUUACAUGACUCCAGGGAGCAUAAUGGGAAACGCAGUGUCCCCAAACCUCAAUGAUACUGAGCACCAGUUGUUACAAGAUAAUACUGAUUCCACCCCUCCCCUCAACACCUUGCUGCCUUCACCUGGUGCCUGGCCCUACAGUGCCUCAGACAGUCCCCUAAACGCACACAACUCAGCAAAGUACACUGACUACAAGACCAGCUGGCCCCCAGAGCCCAUUGGACACAAGUCCUGGAAAGCCAGCCGUGGCAGCAGCCAGACCCAGCUGUCCCGCCCACCUCCAGGACUAGCCAAUCAAAAGCAGCCAUCGCCUUCCCCCUGGUCUGGAGGAGCCCCACGACUGGCUGGCAGGAGCUGGGGUGGUAGCUCGAGCACCACAGGCUCAACCUGGAGUGACGGCAGCUCUCGGGAAAGCUGCUGGUUGGUGCUCAGCAACCUCACACCACAGAUUGAUGGCUCCACUCUGAGGACUAUCUGCAUGCAGCAUGGCCCUCUGCUGACCUUCCACCUUGGCCUGACCCAGGGCACUGCUCUGAUUCGCUACAGCUCCAAACAGGAGGCAGCCAAGGCCCAGAGCGCACUUCACAUGUGUGUUCUGGGUAACACCACCAUCUUGGCCGAGUUUGUGAGUGAGGAGGAUGUGGCUCGCUACAUUGCACAUUCCCAGGCAGGAGGAGCAGGGAGUACUGGAACUACAGCCGCCACUGCAGGCUCCGGGCCCGCGGCCACCUCCGCUGUAGGAACCAGCGGUAACGGAGGGAGCUGCGAGAGAGUCGGAGCAGGAGGCAGCGCUGUGGGAGGAGCAGGAGCGGGAGUGGAAGGAGGCUCCACAGCCACAGCAGCAGGAAGUGGAGGAGCCGGGCAUUCAAGCUCUGGGUGGCAGAGUCUGGACAGCACAGGCAGCUCAGCGGACCAGCCUGCCACCCAGGGGUCCGGGCUGGGCAUCUUCGCCCAGUGGAGCAGCAACGGGGCCGGGGUGGGCGGGACCGGAGGUGUAGAAGCAGGAAGGCAGGGUUUGUGGGGGGGCAUGGGAGGGAUGAGCGGGGCGGGAUACCCCGGCAGUAGUCUCUGGGGUUCCCCAGCACUUGAGGAUUGUCACCAGAUGGGCAGCCCUGCCUCACUGCUGCCAGGAGACCUGCUUGGAGGGGGCGCCGACUCGAUCUGAAAGGGCCGACUGACACACAUACACAGCACACAGUCACACUAUCUGCCUAAGUUGUACAACAUAUGUCACACUGUAUUUAUUUACACACAGAUGACAUGAAUUAAAGCUACACUGGUUAGCCAAAAAGCAGACACGUAACAAUCAUACCACACACAGGCUACAUGCAGUACACGCACACAUUAUUGCACACAUACAUAUAAAGCCGCUUAACUUUAAAUGAAGACAACAGUAAAACUUGAACCGGGGGAAAAAAGGUGAAAUCCAUUAAACUUUUAGGACUCAACUGGAUAGCUCUUUGUCUUUUUACUCCAAAUCCCACCAUCUGCAUUCAGAGACCGAUCACUCAGGCAUGCACUGUAGACAGGCUCAGCCAGAGUCGUACACAUCAACAAGUUUCGCUAUUGCUGUUUUUAUUGUGCCACAGUUAUUAUUUUUUUCUUUUUUAUUACUAUUUAAUGGUUGAAUCUCAAAAUUCAGACUUGCAGACUGAGCCCUCCUAGACCUGGCUGGCUUACUUCUGAGUUCUCAUGUUUGGAAGCUUGAGAGUGGAGAAGGAUCUAAAGUUUGUUGAAAUUUUGGGACAGCGCCACACUACUGAGUAUAACGGACGAUCAGCAACCUUGAGGUUUGGAGAAGGAGAGGGUUUCUAGUAGGUACUAACACCUCUACCUUGGUGGGAAUAUGCCAUCAACAUGGGACCCAGGGUAAAAAAAAAAAAAAAAAAAAUUAAACAAAUACAACAUUAGCCAAACUUGCACUAUAUGCCUCUGGGUUUGUUGUUGACACAUCCUCCACAAAUCCCUCCAUGUUUUAAAACAGAGCUACAACUACACAGACCUUACAGGACGACUUAAUGUUACAACAGCAGUGGCCUUGGCUAACACCCAGCGGCCGCCCGCCUGCCAUGUCAGCAGCAUCACACCGUCUCAUCAGUUAUCUGCUCUUAUAUUUGACAAGCAAAAUUGUAACUCCUUGUUGAUGUAUGUUGGUUGUUUAUCAUUUUUUCUGUUUUAAAAGAAAAGAGAAAUGUGUGAAACUUUGUGAAAAUCCAGAGAUGUCCUUUUUUUUGCCCUUCAAACACUGACCUCGCUAUUGUAUUUUUUCUUACUCGAGAAAUCAAGUUGGUUAUUAUAUAUUGUCAUGAUGUUAAUGAUGACUACGAUCACUUAUUUACUCGCUGUACAAGGUGCCCUCCUGCCUGCCUGUGUGUGCAUGAAAGGAGCGAUGACAGUAUGACCGAAUGGAGAAGAUGUGAUGAAGAUAAUGACGAAGAUAUCGGGAGUGUCUGUGUUAAUGCUACAAUGUUGAAUGUUUCUUUCUUUCUUGUCCAUGAGAGAUUCAUAAGAAUCGUCUGCGUGUUUGUAUACGUCUGUGUGAGCGUCUGGGUGCUUUUGAACACUUAUCUGCUCCAGUCAGGGAAGUGAAUAGAUGUUAAUCUGACAGCUUGCAUUUGAGAGAAAGAAUUUGUGUGUUGUGUGAGUGCGUUGUUUGCGUGCUCAUCUGUGCGUAUGAUAGCUAAAAAGUUCAAAAACAUUGGCACUAUUGCAUAUGUCUCUUAAGUUGUGUUUUUUAGCAGCAUUUUGUUCCCAUUUGUAUUUUUUUUCUGCCAAAUGCAAUAAGAGAAUAUUUUGUUUUUAAGACGAAGCAACCAACUGAAGGCAUUUCUAUUAAGAUGCCAAAUGCUACCAUACCAAGCUGAGCUGGAACAGUGUUUUACAGACACGUUAAAGACAUUACCUGAUAUAUUUUACUGUUUUUUUUUCUCUGUUAUUGUGUAUCAAUUUAAAUUAAGUCAGUCUUUAUUAUCACUCCUUUUCAGGAUGUUUUCAUUUGUUUCAGAUGUUACCAAAAGGAGAGGAAAUUAAUUUAAAGCAGAAAAGAACAAGAUAAUAAAGGUUGAAUUGAA